AUGCCUGUACCCAUGAGCCCGUUUCGAGUACCCGCCGCCGGGUUGUUUGAUGUGGAUGAGAAGAAUUUCCCGCCGCUACCAACCCGGCCAGAAACACAGCCUCCACCUUUACAUUCCCGUGUCUCGUCCUUCCAGAGUCAUUACAGCUCGGGUCUUCGAUCAUCCACACCGAAGGUCCCACCGGGUUUCGAGCUCAGCCAUGGACAUCCAGCUCCCAUCAGGUCGGUGUCUCCAACUCCGCCUGCUCAGGCGAUCGGACAACGAAGCACAUCGAUCAGUUCUGCACCUAUCGCUCCGGCAGUUCCAAUCGUGCCUCUAGCUCCCCGCACAUCAACUCCGAAGCAAAAAGGCUCCGAUCUCCCGAAAGAAGACAGCAAGGCCAUACUGGUUGACGAUGCACCGAUUUCGAGCAAAAAGCCUAGCAUCGGGUUGAAUGAAAUCAGUCUAGGCUCGCCCAAGCCAAAGUCAAGCCGCCAAAAGUCUGGAAUGGAGAAGAAAUCGGAUGUAGCGGGAAAGGUUGAAGAGAAGAGUGAGAAGAAAGAUGACCCGCGGCCUCUUACAAAGGCUGAGGACCCCAAGGGCAAAGGGAAAGCGACAGCAAAGGCUGGGAAGUCGGAAUUACCUCAAGGAACCAUUUCGGAUGCCCGUACUAACUCGCCGAUAACAUCUGUCAGCACUGGUGGCUUGGACAAGUCUGCUACGCCAAUUUUAGAUUCUGCUGUUGUUGGCACACCGGCGACAAUGAGCCCACGACCGAUCACUCCUGUGACUACAACUCCGUCGGAAACGUCAAAGACAUCCGUGCCCCGACCAAGAACUCUCCGCCUAACGACUGGAAUGGUCAACAAGGCGCUGGAGCAGACCCCUGCUUCCGCUACCACCGAGAAAUCCAGCACUGUACCUCCCGUUUCGGCUUUCAAGAAAGGCUCACGGCGACCAUCUCUCUCUUCGGCCCAGCUUAGUAGGCCUUCAACUCCAGCGAUGUCCGAGCGGCCUUCUCAUGACGCUUCCCGCGCGAGCUCUCCACCCCCGAGCAUUGUUGGUUCUGCUCCGGAACGAACCAAAAGCAAGGCUCAACUAAAGAAAGAACGGCGAGAGAAAGCUAAGAAGACAGCUGAACCGGCUGACGCAGUCCCUAGCGCUGCUACUACGCCCGUGGUAGAAGAGGUUGCACCGGUCAUUGCUCGGCAAAAGAAGCAGAAGAAACAACGGAUUGAGAGUAGUGCUCCGGCUAGUGGCGACGAGAGAGCGAAACCAAAGAGCCAGGAGAUCGGCACAAAGUUGCAAGAAGCAAUCGAGAAACAGAAAUUGGAAACUACCGGAGAUGGAGUCGACCAAAAGAAGAUCGAGCAGAAAGACAAGGCUGCCCUUCUCGCUUCGCAGCAGGUCGAAAAAUCUGCAAAUCAGCCUCAGAAACCGGGCACUCCUCGAACAGCCACACCUAGGCAAGAGUCUGUCGCUAAAGUUGAAGAAGCCAAGGGCCCCUACACGAUGCGCGACCUGUACAAUGAAGCUGAGAAGAUGGCCGCAGCCACUGACGGCCUUUCGACCCAUGCCGCCAUUCAAAAAUUGCUCAACGAGCAUAUUUCGUCGAUGCCUAAGAUCUUUCAUUCGCUCAUCCAAAUAGGGGAACUCUCCAGGGAUCAUCCGUGGCUCAAUCCACCCUCUUUCAACUCAGCCACGUACAAAUUACCGCCAGACUCCCGACGCGGGCAAGAUUACCUGGACGGCAACGGAUACAGCGCCAACGAUGCGUUUGGCUAUAUCUACCUGCCACUUAAGGAGAAACAAGCGCUGAAGGACGGCAAUGCCGUCAGUGUUGCGGACGCAGGAGAGCGAAAAGACGACCUGUUGAAGAGAUGUCUGGUGACGCCUAAUGGAUGGGUCCUGAGGCAUCUCAGCGCUGAUGAGGGUGAAAAGCUCCUCGAGCUUGAGGAAAAACGACAAAUAUACCUCGAGGAAUUUGGAGACUUGGGCACCAUGGGGGGUUUGGGUGCGCUGGAAACAGAUGAUUACACCAACCUCAGCGGCGGGAUGGAGAGGCUUGCGAGACAGGGCGAGCGGCACGGUGUCGUUUGGAUCAUGGGUGAGGAUGGUGAAAUUGUCGAUGACGACGAGUUUGAGCCAUUCGACGACGAAGACGGUGAGAUUGACGGCGAAAUCGGGGACAGCGACGAAGAAGUCGAAGACGAGGAAUACGGCGACGGAGAAGGCCUGGAUGAUGAGGGUGAGGAAGAGUUCGAAGCCGACGACUCGGUCAACAUGCCAGGUGGCUGGGAUAACCCACCUCGGGAUCCUCACCAUGCUACUCGGGUUGGUUCUGGCGGGCGAAUUAACUCUCUUCCUGGCCUGGGACCGCAUUCUAGGACGAAUGCUCUGCGACUGCCUUCAAGAGGCCCACCGAUCGGCCCCGAAGAUCCAGCGCAACAGGACAACCGUGUUACUACUGCUGGUCCCAGCACGGCUCCCCAAAACGCAAGCAAACAACCCCGGCCACCAUCAGCAACUGCAAAUGCAGCGAGCGCAACGACGACGGAAAACGUUAACGUGCGUCUUCUUGACGCCGAUGCCCUGCAAAAACGUGUCCAAGAGUCACAAAAGGCACUCGACGCCGCACGAAAGGACAUGGAGAAGACUGAGAAACUUUGGAACAAGAAGGCCAAGGACAUCGGCCGCUGGAGAGAUGGCCUCAUCGGGUCAUUGGGUGUGAAGGGCUAG